CAAACCUCAAGACACCAUGAAAUCAAUACAUUCACUUUCGCAUCCAAUAUCCCGAACCAUUCUUCACUCUCACUAUCUUUAAAGAAGUCAUAUCUCAUGCCUGUCUAAAUUCCUAGAACACGCGUAUUUACCAGAACGCAAGGCCACUACUUACCCGUCUAGGCAGCCCUGUUUGCCAUCCAACCUCGAGACGUAAAGUUGAAGACAAAGCCUCUAUAUUUGGCAAUUAUGCCAGACAAACCCGUUACAUCAAAUCAUGAGUGAGGAUGAACAAAGCACACGCGUGGCUGUCGAGACCAGCCUCCUCGAAUCAAUGUACCCAGAUUCCAUCCAAUUCGACACAAACCUCCAGGACCUAACAUACACCACUCUCCAUGCCAAGCUCAUCGUUCGCUUACCAUCCACUUAUCCAGCAUCAAGUCCUCCCGAUAUCAUUAGUGCGUUUACAAAGGGCACUCAUCACGUCGACCUGCGCAGCCAGAUGAAAGGUGCCGUAGCACGUUUACCUGUGGGUGAGGAAAUUCUGGACUCAGUGAUUGCUGCAUUCGAUAGACUAGUCGAGGAGAGCGUCCACGAUUCUACUGGACUGGAUCCGAUCAGCCGGGCAAGUGGAGACGAGAGUGCAGAUGAGCAUGGGAAAAAGACAGUGCUGAUAUGGCUGCACCACCUGCUCAACACAUCGAAGCGGAAACAGGCACUGGCCUCGGCGGAUGCGGCAAUAUCUGGUGUCUCGAAGCCAGGGUACCCAGGCGUUCUGAUCUUUUCGGGGGCGGCAACUAAUGUUGAUGAGCAUGUCAAUGGGUUGAAGGGACUUAAUUGGGCUGCGUUUCAGGUACGGCUUGAAAAGGACGAGGAGUGGGUGUUUAGUCACGGGACUGGUGUUAAGGAGGUGGAGAGUAUGGCGGACGUAGUCAGGGAGAUAGGGGAGGAGCGAAAGGAGGUAUUUCUAGAGGUGAUGAAGAUGAAGUGAGCGGCCCACGGUAAACAGAAUAUCGAGUAUUGUCAUUACUUCUAUAUGCACGCUAAAAGGCAAGUUCAUCAGCAUCAUCGUCAUCAUCAUUCCAACCCAGCAUAUCGUAUAUAUUCGUCGCCGUAUUCUCGUCCCUUCCUGCCUUCGUAUCGACGGCAAGUGGCUUCUUCACCGGUGUAGU